UGCCUUCCUACCAACCAUCCUUGCCAUGGCUCUGACCCGGCUGCAGGAACGCCCCUAACCCGAGUCACAACCCGGAGGAAGAUGCUCUGGUAGUUUGGGACCCGAGACCAGGAUGGGGGCCAAGCCGGAGGAGGCGUCGGCUGUUCAAACUUCAGGAAAGCCUGGAAGUGUGCCUUACAUGAAUGCAGGUGAAGAAGAAGAAACCCUGAAGUCUCAGCAGGAUGUGAAGCCCAGCGAUGAGCAGUAACUUCUGCAAUAACGUGUCAGUGAGCAUGAGUGUCAACGAGGUGUCCACCUUUCCCCUGACUCUGGAGCAAAAAACCGGCUUUGCCUUCGUAGGGAUCCUGUGUGUCUUCUUAGGACUGCUGAUUAUAAGAUGCUUCAAAAUCCUAUUAGACCCUUAUAGCAGUAUGCCAUCGUCCACAUGGGAGGAUGAGGUCGAGGGGCUGGAUAAGGGAACAUUUGAGUAUGCUCUCGCAUGAAAAAAUCCCAGAAAAAUACCCUGCCUUAAUUUUGAUGUUGUUCAUUUCGGGGUGGGGAGGGAUGGGGUGGGGAUUUCCCCGUCAGGAGGCAUUUGUAACACACACCGAUGUUUUGAAGAUAUGGUGGUGGCAUCUUUUUGUUAAAUAAAGCUUUGUUGCAGAUUCAUACAA